AUGGCCGUCCUGCCCGAGUCGCUCCUCAUCAUUGCCCUCGUCAUUGGCGGUGCCACCGCGCUGUAUGGCCACCGCUGCAUCCAUCACAUUGGGCUGGCGCUCCUCCUCCUCGAGUACUUUUUCAUUCUGACGCUCAACCAAGUCGCGGCCGUCGUCACGGUCCUCGCUCUCACCGUGUACCUCGUGAUCGCCAAGUCGCGGCACGUCCUCGCCGACUGGGCCUACGCAGGCCUCCGUGUCGUUAUCUGCCUCGGCGGUAUCCUCGGCCUCUGUCUCUUUCUCUACUACGCCAACGCGACGGCCCUCGACGUCGCUACCCUUGGCUGCUGCGGCGCGACCGCAUUGAUCUUUGUCGGCAUGUUUGCGUUCUGCGACGACCGCGUGAGCUUCAUCGUGACCACCUCGAUGCUCGGAACCGUGCUCGUGAUCACGACUGCAGCGCUCUGGGACAAUGACGACCUCGUGCUUCAGAUUUGGCACCUCCCGACCGCGGCCUUCCUCUUGCUUUGCAGCUGCAGCGUCCAGUGGCACGCGGCCCAUGUGAGCCCCGCGCCGAGCACUCGCUUGCUCUGGGAGACGCCACGUCAUAGCAACGUCACGGCGCCUGCGACGCCGACGCCCAAGGCCGAAAUUGCCGCGACGCCACGCGGCAACACAUUCGCUCAUCCGCCGUCCAUUGUCUAA